GAGGAACCCUAGCCUAUAUCAGAGAAGAAGAACAGGUGCACGCCGCAAAUUCCGUGCUAUUUCGCAGGCGACUACCGAUGGCGGCGCUUCGAGUCGCGGCGAGGAGGCUCGUCGGCGGUGGCCAGACGCCGGCGGUGGCUGUGGAGAAGGCUCAACGCCGGCUCUUCCCGAGGCUCUCCGAGGUCGACCGGGCUAGGUCGACCACGUCCUCCGCUUCUGCUGCCGCGGACACCAAUGUGACGGCGGCCAAGGGCGGUGAAGAUCGGGAGAAACUCCUGACAGAGAUCCAUAACAUGAGAGAGGAGUUGUACGAUAAGGUUUUGCACGCGCAAAGGACCUACAAUAUCCCUGGCAGGGCAGGCAAAAAUUUCAGUCGGCUGCGCGAGGAGCUCGCCAUGCAAGUGGAUCCUAGACCCUGGGACACCACAUGGCGCCACACGCGAUUGCUAAAUGUACUUGAGCGUUGCAUCGGAUUUGCGGCUUUGUCCUUCAGCUCGUAUGUGCUCAUAGGCAUGGCCGUUGGUAAGAUCGUUGAAUUGGAUCCAGAUGAAAAGCAAUUAAUCAAGAAGAAAAGAGGGGAGGCACACAAGCAAAGUGAAACGAAAUGAUUGAGAGCCAUGUUUAUGAACGACACAGGUCCAAUAAAAGGUUGUUAGUGUGCGAAAAAUGCUAGUAAUGGAGGCCACGCUACAGGCAGGCCCACACAUGCAAAGCACCUGGGCAUCUUACAUGCAUCUGACAUGAACGCACAACAUCGGUCGCUGUAGAACUCCUGAUCCAUGCGUGUGGAGACUUUACGUACCUGUGCAUGCACUACUAGAAAAAAGGUCAUUUGUCCCGGUUCAUAAGGCCCGUUUGUCCCGAUUCGGG